ACUUUUCCUAAACUUGAAGGAAUGGUCUUGUGUAGGGUUGUCCCCUGUGUAGACCAUGUGUGCCUGGUGACUUUGGUUGGCUCACUGGAGCUGAGGCUAGCGUGGGCUGGGAGUCCUGCAGGACUCCAUGUUGAGGCUGCCCUGAUGGGAUGGCAGGAGUUGAAGUGGGUGUGGGCUGGGAUAGUCCUGCGGCUCUUUAUGCAGAGGGUGCCCUGGCAGGACAGCUGAAGCUGGCAUGGGCUGGGGCCCUCCCAGGUCUCCUUAAGCAAAGGGCACUCCAGCAGGAUAGCUGAAGCUGGUGCAAGCCAGGGCGUCCCAGAGUGUUCGGCACAAGGGGCACCUGUAGCCAAGGCUGUUGCUGCCCAGGGUGCUCUACACAGGGAGGCCCUGGUUGGCCUGGCUGGAGCUGAAUUAGAAGGUCCCAGAGCACUCUGCACGGGGGGCAUCCUAGCAAGUCAUCUGGAGCCAAAGUGGUGUGACCUGGAGUAUUUCCAGUGCUGUGGGUCUGUGUCACCUUGGCAGGAAGGCUGGAACUGUAGUGAGUGCUGCCCAGAAGUGCCCUGGGAUGUGCCAUGCUGGGGCCACUUUAGUGUGAUAGAUGGGGCUGGUGUGGACUAGGGGCCCGGGGCUCACUGAGGUGUCAGGCUCACUAGGGCACUGGACCUUGCUUCUCUCCAUGCUGCUACCGCAGUGGAGGGGGACUGUAAUCAUAGCACUCGCCAGCCCCUCCAACCCAACCUGGAGAGAUUUCCAGCAUGUCUUCUGCCAUUUGUCAAGGUUCUAGGGCUGAAUGCUUUAUAUUCUAGUUGUACUCUUAAAUGCUUUUUUCUGUGCUCCAGGAUAAUUGAAUCUACUCAAAGUCCCUCAAUACUAUUCCUCCCCACUGCAGUUUGCAGCAUUGAGUGUUCCCUUUAUGAUCAUGUUAUCAUGUCUCCAUCUAGCUUUUGUUGUGCAGAAGCCGUUCAGUCAGCCCUCAGUUCCUCUCCAGGGGCAACUGCUUUAUAAAAUAGGUGAUUUGAUAUGUCCAUGGAUGAGGUGAGUUUGGGGCCUUCCUGUGUUGCCAUCUUGAACCAGAAGCCCUCCCCUGGCUUUUUUCUGUCCCUGUGCCAGGGCUCAGAGCCAUGCAAAGUGAGUGAGUGAAGCCACUAGGUGUGAGGCAAUGCAGAGUGGUGGGGUAUGUGGCUGGCCAGGGAUCAUGCUCCAUCUAAAAAGGCAGUCACUGCUGACUCUAGGCCCUUUAUGUCAAGAAGUGCAGGUUUAGUGUUCUAGAAUAUCCUAUUUUCCAAGAGAAAGUGGAAAACUUGACUUUUAAAUGACAGUUCCUAGUGUUUAAAUAUUUAAGUAAUUAAAAUUAUUUUAAAACAUGCUGUGUGAGCCAAAUAAGAUGUCUGAGGCCUUGGGCUGGUCUUACUUCUAUACUCUUAUUCCUUUUCCACAGUCUUGCCUGCCCUAACAGCUUCAUCUCUUGCCCUCUCACCAAAUGUUGAUAUCUCAGACGGUCAGAUCUCUAAUCCUCGCCUGCACCCUAGAUUAACAGGACUAGUCAUCUCCAUGGGGAUGUCUUCAUACUUCAUAUACAAAGCUGAGCUCAGCCUCCCAGAUCUGCACACUGUCAGGUCUUGAGAAAUGCUGGAUAUUUUUGUUUCAUUCCCCAAAAAUACUGCUAUUACUCAUGUUACUGCUUCUGUGAUUAAUACUACCAAUAAUCUGUUGUCCUCCUUUUGUUACUGAUUUCUGUUAUCCAAUACCACCCCUCCAGCAGGCAGCCAGAACAGACCUCGUGACCCCGCACUCACUGCAAGGCCAGCCACUGGGGAUCGUGUUCACUCUUCUUCCACAAGCCCUCUAGGACUUGCUCCCAACUUCGCCUUCCCACUAACCAGAAACCCUUCUACUUUCUGAACUUGUCCGGUCUCCUCAGCUACUUUCUCCAUCUCUUAACUGAUCACCCACCACCAAUCUCGUGCCUCCUUGUUCAGGAUGUAGUCAGUACACUAUGGCUGGAGUCAUCACUCACCUCUCUGUCAGACUUCGGUGGCUCCCCAGCCAUCCCCACGUGCCCGUCGUACCACACUCUCUGUUCCACUGGGUACGCCACUGUCCCUGGUACUUGUGUGCACCUGCGCUGGCUUCUGGGCUUGACUGCCUUCUUCCUUCAGGCCUGUGUUCAUUCCCUUCGUCCACCUCCUCUCUUGUCAAGUGCCACCUCCUUCAUGGAGCCAUUGCUUGCCUCCUCAGGACCAGCCCCUCUUCAAAGCUGCCACGCGUUCUGCUCUUUUCAUUUCACCCAGCUGUGGUUGCCCACAGAGCUUGCUGGCCUCUUCCCCCUUCACUUCAUCAGCUCCUUCGUGGAGACACACUUUCUUGGUCAUCUCCAUCCCCACAACAGCUAGUACACUGCCUUGCAUACAGUAGACACCACGUAAACCUUGGUAAAUUGGUCCCCUUUUCAACUUGGAGAAUGGCUGUGUCUAAAGGGCUCAGAGCAAGAUACUAAAAGUCAAAAUUGUCUGGUUUUUCAGGACUUACCAGAACCUAAGAGAAGGUAUCAAGCUAGUGAAAGGGUUACUCUGACAGUCUCCUUUUCCAGGGAUGCAGUGUUUAGAGGAAGAACAGCCGUGAUUUGGUUUCCUUCCCUCAUGCACAGUGCCUUUCCCCAGUGCGCCUUGGAAGUUUGGCUUCAGUGCCAGAGGCGAGGAAGAAUGGACAAAGUCUCUUGGAUGCUGGGCUUCUGCCACUCUGGCGGUGAGAGCCAGGCACUGUUCCUCUUGCCCAGAAGAACAAGUUGUACCCACACACUCACAAGAUGUCCUCUGCUCUCCUCAUUGGCAGGCCUGCAAAUUUCCCACAAGCCAUUGGGAUCUGUUCUACCAUCCUUGUAUUCUGAGGUUUUUUUGCAGCAUUGUUUGUUAAUUAGCUCGUAGAACAGAUGCCUAUUCCAUUCAGGAUUGCAUCCACUUGAUGUUCCUAAGGAGAGAACCUACUCAUUUUUCUUGUUUCAUGACCAAGAACCCCACCAUGCGCCUGGGCAGCCUGACUCAGGGUGGGGAGCAUGCCAUCUUGAGACAUCCUUUCUUUAAGGAAAUCGACUGGGCCCAGCUGAACCAUCGCCAAGUAGAACCACCUUUCAGACCCAGAAUCAAAUCCCGAGAAGAUGUCAGUAAUUUUGACCCUGACUUCAUUAAGGAAGAGCCAGUUUUAACCCCAAUUGAUGAAGGACAUCUUCCUAUGAUUAACCAGGAUGAAUUUAGAAACUUUUCCUUUGUGUCUCCAGAAUUGCAACCUUAGCCUGAUGGGGAAUGAAAGACAGGACCUGAGAAUCACAAGCAGCUCCAGAUUUCCCAGGAAUUCCCUUUGUGGGGCAUUCCCCAGGAUCAGCCUUAGAACAAGAACCUUACCUUCAGAGCACAGGUGGGAAACUCUGAAGUACAGAACUUCAGGAGGUCAGCUCUUUCAAGUCCUCAGGAAGCCAGGGUACUGGAAAGAGUGGAUACCGGAAUGAGAUUUCGUGAAGAAGUAUACUGCUCAACCUAGGAGUUUCUAUGGCUCUUUUGGGCUUGGGAUAUUAGAAGGAACCAACAGAAGAGAAGGUGUGAAGAAUCGACUCGAUCCUAGAAAUUCUGAGUCCACCGGCUUUUCACUUCAAAAGACAAAUCAAGGGCGCCUGGGUGGCUCAGUUGGUUAAGCAACUGCCUUCGGCUCAGGUCAUGAUCCUGGAGUCCCAG